UGUCAAUUUCCCUCGCGAGAACGCCCCACCGAGGGGGGGCCGAGGUCCUCGCCCACCUGGACGGCCUAAUCAUGCGCAGGGCAGACUCUUGAACCAAACCCUAGCCGGCCGGACCACCGACCACGAAGCAAAGCUGCGCCUGAGGCCCGGGUUCUGCGGUAUCACAGUUACAGUAUGGGACCAGGGAGAUAUACUACAUGUGGUCAUGAUGGCGACGCGGGAAGCCUCAGGACACGGACUCGACAACAGACACCAUGCCGCCGCCGCCGUUGGUACCGUAUGGAUGGCCCCUGACACGGGGGUCGGCAGCAUGCAGGUGGGCGCCCCCGUGCCCGUGGUAGCAGUGGCAUUGCCGCACCACCCCGGGCCUGCUCCAGCUGCUCCGGCCCAGCGGCGAGGGAGGUCCGAUGCCACGUGGGAGGCUCACAGGCCCGUCAUCAAGGCCCUCUACCUGGACCAGGGCCGCAGCUUGAAGGAGGUCAUGGAGAUCAUGAGGUCCAGCUACGGCCUCGAAGCAUCGCCAAAACUCUUCAAGGCCCGCAUCAAGCGGUGGGGCUUCUCGAAAUACAUCACCAACAAGCUCGAGAGGGAGGCCCUGCAGCACGUCGUCUCGAGGAGCGGCAGCCUCCAGCGCGAGGGGGCGCCCGCCCACGAGAUGGUCCGGCUGAGCAACGGCGCCAUGAUCAGCCUCAGCAGCCUCAUCAACCACCUGGACAGGAAGAGGUCCGCGGCAUCAUCAUCAUCGUCGUCGUCGUCGUCGUCAUCCCCAACGUCAAUAUGCCGGCCCCUGCGCCCGCCCGACGGCCUCUGGAUAUCCGAGGAGAUGCUCGUCAACGCCCGCGAGUACACCCUCAGGGAGUACACGGCGCGGUGCUCGGGCGACGAGGACGUGCGCGCCAUCCUGCCGCUGCACUUUGGCGACCUGUGCCGGGGCUUCGUGGCCACGCGGCGCCUCCUGCAGGAGGCGCGCAUCGAGGACGCCCUGCUGGUGCUGCGGCGGGCGCCCGACCAGAUCCGCAGCUCGCUGUUCGGCCCGGCCUCGAGCAACGCCUUCGGCUGCGUGUGCAUGACGGUCCUGUGCGUCCGGUGGGAGGACGACUCGGGCUCGGGCGGGGGCUCGCCGGGCGGCGGGGCCAUGAACGCCACCCUGCGCGCCCUGCUCAAGUACGCCGCGUCGCUGCUGCACGAGGGCGCCGGGCCCGAGCCCCUGCGGCGCGUCUUGCUUCGCCUCGCAGAGGUCGACGACGCUGUCUUCCGCGCCGCCAUGGUGCAGGCCUGGCGGUGCGAGCUCGACACGUGGACGGCCAUGAUGGAGCCCGGCUGCUGGAACAUCCCCCUGCUCGGCGAGUGGCUGGCCUUCGCCGACGCGGCCGGGAGCUUCGACCAGCUGCCGCCGGGCCUCGGGCAGGGGCUCGAGGACACGAUCCGCUCGCACGAGGCGCAGUACGGCCGGGGCAGCCUGCCCGUCGUCACGCUGCUGUGGUUCCAGGCCGAGUACGAGCGCCUGCUCGCCGAGAACCGCGGCACCUCCACCGAGCGGCCGCAGCGCAUGUUCCGCGAGCUGCUCGGCCGCGGCCCGGAGCUCGACCUGCUCAUCCGGUACGCCGCGCAGUACUUCCUCGCCAAGGAGUACCGCGUGGCCGGCGACCGCCACAACGCCGAGCGCUUCCUGCGCGAGGCCAUCGACAGCCUGUGCGCGCUCGAGGACCGGCCCGGCCACGGCAUGUCGGCCGUGCUGGAGAUGAUGUUCGACCUCGAGUGCUGGUUUACCGAGUGGGGGGAGCACGACAAGGCGAGAGAUACCCGCCAAUGGCGCCUGGACAUGUGUCUCGCGCAGAAGAGACGGUCCCCGUGAGCAAGGCGCUCGGGGACGGACCACGAAAGCAAUGAUGAUUGAUAUAUACAACCAGAAGAUAAUUAUAGACCUAAUGCUUCAACGCAUAUUAAUCAG